AUGGUAUUGUAUGAGUUGAUAGUGGUACUUGAUCAGAUAACUCUUCAGGCGAUGAAUCAAUUACAGAUGCUUAUUUCAGAUGCGAUUUCAAAAUUAAAGAUGGAACUCUUUCCAUCUUUAUUUAGCGAGAUGGUUUUGGAAACAAUCAAACAUUCUGGGGAAUUCGAAACAAUGUUGAAAACAGUUUUAUAUCCUAAAGAUUUCGAUUUAGUCUCGGGUUGGAUACCCGAUGUUGGCGAUGGAAGUGUUUUAAAAGAACCGGUAACAAAUCUUUCAAAUGAUGCUGAUUUAGCUAGAGUGAGAGUUGUUGCUCGAAACACAAUAGAAAGAGUAGCACGAGCAGCUAAUCAUGGAUUCGAAAAACGAGUACUUCAGUAUAAUAAUGUUGUUGAGAAUAAUAGGUGGGGUAAUCACAUAAAUUGGAAAUUAUAUCCUUUAUUCGGUCUGUUGGAACACAGAAAAGUUUCCAUAGGGUUACCAUAUAAAUUCAUCUACAAAGAGAAAUCAACGACGAUAAGAUAUUCUUUGGAGAGAAUGGUUCAGAUGCAAAAUUAG